AUGAUGGCAGUGGUCCUGCAAGCAUAUAAUGGUGCAAGAUUACUCUGUGUCCCCCCAACAACCCUUCAGUUUCUGUGUAUUCCCCUCUGCUCCUCAAUUCAAAACCCCCCUGUCGUCUCUUUGCCUUUGUUUCCAGGUGAGGUGUCAGGUGUGAAUGUGACCAGCCAAACCCAGGUGGUGAGGGGCACGGUGGGGAAAGUGGCCCUCUUGUCAGUCAGCUACUCUAGCAGCAGUUCUGAUAAACCUGUAAUUAAAUGGCAGCUUAAGAGGGAGAAAGAGAAACCUAUCACUGUUGUGCAGUCCAUAGGAACAGACAUCAUAGGGAACCUGAGGCCGGAGUACCGCAAUCGUAUCCUGGUGUUUGAAAAUGGUUCACUGCUGCUUCACAACCUGCAGCUGUCAGACGAAGGGGCGUACGAAGUUGAGAUCUCUAUCACAGAUGACACCUUCACUGGAGAGCGCUUCGUUGAGCUCACUGUGGAUGUGCCCGUGUCCAAACCUUACAUCCAGAUGAUGUCCUCGUCCGUCCUGGAGUACAGCGAGCACUUCAACCUCCACUGUACCCAUGAUAAUGGCACGAAGGCUAUCUACAGUUGGCUGAAGGGAGGCAAGGUGCUGACUAAUGACACACGCCUGCUGCUUUCACAUGACCAAAAGACGCUGACCAUCUCUCGCGUUGGGAUGUCAGAUGAUGACAUUUACGCCUGCACAGUGGACAACCCCAUCAGCAACAUGAAGAGCAUGCCUGUCAAGCUCACUGUCUACAGACGGAGCUCGCUAUACAUCAUCCUGUCCACCGGGGGCAUAUUCCUCCUAAUCACCCUGGUGACGGUGUGUGCCUGUUGGAAACCAUCCAAAAAGAAACAUCAACCCAUCCCCCAAAGAGCUCCGAUCUAUUUGGAGCAGAGUGAUAUUGGCCAUGAUGUUGAUGUUGUUCCAAAACCAACUACACUUGGUCGAAGGAGUCCCAUGCCUCUUUAUGUCCUUAAUGAAGAUGAGACUCUGGAGCGUUUGGAAGAGAGUUCUGGUGAUGUCGCCAUCCAUUCAGAAAUGAACAUCCCUGCUACCUAUGCUCCGGUUCUUCCUCCCUCCUCCAACAGAUCUGAGCGGCCUGUAUGGUCUGCCCCCCGUAGAUAUCCCCGAAGCCCCUCUCCCCUGGCACAGCCUCUCCCACAACCCCUCCCCUGUCCUCCCCUACGUCCUGUCCGGUCCCCAGCUCCCUCCCCUGGUUCAUCUCCACGCAGUUUCAGCCCAAUAAGAAAGGUCCGUCCACCAAUAGGCAUCCCAACCAGCCACCUGCCUGUAGAGUCAGAGAGUGCAGACCCUGUUGAUCAGACUCGCUGUCCAUCACCACAUUGACAAGUGCCUGAUGUUCUCAUUCUGUGAUAUGUAAAGUACACUUGUAGUUUGUCGGUCUUCUGUUGCACACACAAGGAUAAUGGAUUUGGUGCACUAGGAUAAGAGAUAUGUACACUUUCAGCUAACUCUAUGUCUUCAUAUGCCAUUAUUUAUCAUGUAUUUCUCUAUGGCUAUGCACAAUAUUUCCUUAGUCUUUUGAUGAUAUCCUGUCAAGUGAAAUAAAUAUAUUCUGUCCAUGUAGUUCAUCAUGUAUUUUAAGCUGAACAGUAAAGGUUUCUCAACUCUGGUAUAUCAUUUUCUUCUUGGUUAAUUAUGUAUUUUCCUUUUGAUAAGUACCUGUAAGUAAGUUAAUGGUUUUGGGUUGGGAUUUUGUUCAAAAAUUAAGCCACAAGGUGUAUUCUUAUUCAAUACUAGGUCACUGUAUAACCUGAGGUAAUAAAAGCAGUUUAAAUAGUU